AUGAAUGAUAUAUUUAGCCAAGUAGUUGAUCCGCAUCAUAGAACCAACAUUACAAGACCUUCUAUACCUUCACUGUUACCGACUAAACAUGAUGACAAUAUUCAUGAUUUAUUAGCUGCUACAUCGAGAUCAUUCGAUAUAACCAAUGUACAAUCUGAUUUUAUACUCAUUGAUAAUAAUAAUAAAUCAACAGAAAAUGAGAAGAAAAAGAUAGUUGAUUUAGCAUCAAAUUCAAAUUUGAACGAAGAUUUAAAUGAAGAUGUUUCUAAUGAAGAUUUACAGGAAAAUAUUCUUGAUGAAGAUUUAAACGAAGAUAAAUGUGAUGAAGAUUUACAUGAAAAUGUUUUCGAUGAAGAUCUUAAUGAAUAUGCAUAUUAUGAAGAAACGUCUGAAAAUACUGCUGAAGAACUAUUUGUCGAUGAUGAGUAUUAUACAGACCGCAAUUUUACAUCAACAGAAAUAGCACUUGCUCUCUCAUUACUGAAAUCACGUCACUCACUUACGAAUAGUUGUAAACCCCCCCCCUACAAUAAAAGACUCUGGGUCUUCUAUUAUGUUGAAGUGUAA